AGCGCGGAGGGGCCGCGGCCGCCGCCGCCAUGGGCAACGCGGGGAGCGUGGACUCGCAGCAGACGGAGUUCAGGGCGCACAGCGUACCCCUCAAGCUGCCCAUGCCCGAGCCCGGGGAGCUGGAGGAGCGUUUCGCCGUCGUCCUGAAUGCCAUGAACCUGCCCCCUGACAAAGCCCGGCUGCUGCGGCAGUACGACAACGAGAAGAAGUGGGAGCUCAUCUGUGACCAGGAAAGAUUCCAAGUGAAGAAUCCUCCCCAUACCUACAUCCAGAAGCUGAAGGGCUAUCUGGACCCAGCUGUUACCAGGAAGAAAUUCAGGAGACGAGUCCAAGAGUCAACUCAAGUGCUCAGAGAACUGGAGAUUUCUUUAAGAACAAAUCACAUCGGAUGGGUCAGGGAGUUCCUGAAUGAAGAGAACAAAGGCCUGGAUGUUCUGGUGGAGUACUUGUCCUUUGCACAGUAUGCAGUCACGUUUGACUUUGAGAGCCUGGAGAACAACGUGGAGAACUCGAUGGAGAAAUCCAAGCCUUGGAGCCGAUCCAUCGAGGACCUGCACAGGGGCAGCAAUUUGCCCUCCCCCGUGGGCAGCAGCAUCUCCCGCUCGGGCAGGCACUCAACUUUACGGUACAACACCUUGCCCAGCCGGAGAACGCUAAAAAAUUCCAGAUUAGUGAGUAAAAAGGAUGAUGUCCAUGUCUGCAUCAUGUGCUUACGGGCCAUCAUGAAUUACCAGUAUGGGUUCAAUAUGGUCAUGUCCCAUCCACACGCCGUGAAUGAGAUUGCACUGAGCCUCAACAACAAGAACCCCAGGACAAAGGCUCUUGUCUUAGAGCUCUUAGCAGCUGUUUGCCUGGUCAGAGGAGGACAUGAAAUCAUUUUAUCUGCGUUUGAUAACUUCAAGGAGGUGUGUGGGGAGAAGCAGCGCUUUGAGAAGCUGAUGGAGCACUUCCGAAAUGAAGACAACAACAUAGACUUCAUGGUGGCCUGCAUGCAGUUCAUCAACAUCGUGGUGCACUCGGUGGAGGACAUGAACUUCAGAGUCCACCUGCAGUAUGAAUUCACAAAGCUUGGCCUGGAUGAGUACUUGGAUAAGCUGAAGCACACGGAGAGUGACAAGCUGCAGGUGCAAAUCCAGGCUUACCUGGACAACGUGUUUGAUGUGGGAGCUUUGCUGGAGGAUGCUGAGACCAAGAAUGCAGCCCUGGAAAGAGUUGAAGAACUGGAAGAAAACAUUUCCCACUUAUCUGAAAAACUCCAAGAUACGGAGAACGAAGCCAUGGCCAAGAUUGUGGAACUGGAAAAGCAACUUAUGCAAAGAAACAAAGAACUGGAUGUGAUCCGGGAGAUCUACAAAGAUGCAAACACCCAGGUUCACACCUUGAGAAAGAUGGUGAAAGAAAAAGAAGAAGCCAUCCAGCGACAGUCAACGCUGGAGAAAAAGAUCCAUGAACUGGAGAAGCAGGGAAGCAUCAAGAUCCAGAAGAAAGGGGAUGGUGACAUCUCCAUCCUUCCUGUUGCUCUGGCCUCGGGGAUGGUGCCAGCAGGGCCAGAGGCUGCAGCUGGUACUUGUGUCACACCAGUCACUGGAGCUGCAUCUUCAGUGCCACUGCCACCACCUCCACCACCAUUGCCUGCCCUAGCAAUGUCCUCUGAGGCAGUGCAAAAUGGUCCCGUGUCGGUGACAAUGCCACCCCCACCACCACCCCCACCACCACCUCCACCUCCACCACCACCUCCUCUCCCAGGUCCAGCUUUGGAGUCGUCUCCUGCAGCUCCACUGCCACCACCACCCCCACCCUCAGCACCUCCCCUGCCUGGGACAGCCUCUCCCACCGUGGUCUUCAACUCAGGGCUUGCAGCUGUGAAAAUCAAGAAGCCGAUCAAGACCAAGUUCCGCAUGCCGGUGUUCAACUGGGUCGCCCUCAAACCCAACCAGAUCAACGGGACAGUCUUCAAUGAAAUAGAUGAUGAAAGGAUCCUGGAGGAUUUAAAUGUGGAUGAGUUUGAAGAAAUAUUCAAAACAAAAGCCCAAGGUCCAGCCAUUGAUCUUACUUCGAGCAAGCAGAAGAUAACUCAGAAAGGGUCAAACAAAGUCACGUUACUGGAUGCCAACAGAGCCAAAAAUCUUGCCAUUACUUUAAGGAAAGCUGGAAAGACUGCAGAUGAAAUAUGCAAAGCCAUUCACGUGUUUGACCUGAAAACGUUGCCAGUGGAUUUUGUGGAAUGCCUGAUGAGGUUCCUGCCCACUGAGAAUGAAGUCAAAGUCCUGAGACUCUACGAGAGGGAAAGGAAACCCAUCGAGAACCUCUCGGACGAGGACCGCUUCAUGAUGCAGUUCAGCAAGAUUGAGAGGCUGAUGCAGAAGAUGACCAUCAUGGCCUUCAUUGGCAACUUUGCAGAAAGCAUCCAGAUGCUGACCCCACAACUUCACGCAAUAAUAGCUGCAUCUGUCUCCAUAAAAUCAUCCCAAAAGCUUAAGAAGAUACUGGAGAUAAUCCUGGCCCUUGGGAACUACAUGAACAGCAGCAAACGAGGAGCUGUGUAUGGGUUUAAGCUACAGAGUUUAGACCUGCUCCUGGAAACCAAGUCAACAGACAGAAAGCAGACCCUGCUGCACUACAUUUCAAAUGUGGUCAAGGAGAAAUACCAACACGUGUCCCUCUUCUACAACGAGCUGCAUUACGUGGAGAAGGCUGCUGCAGUGUCUCUGGAAAACGUCCUCCUGGACGUGAAGGAGCUGCAGAGGGGCCUGGACCUGACGAAGCGUGAGUACACCAUGCAUGACCACAACACCAUGCUGAAGGAGUUCAUCCAGAACAACGAAGGGAAGCUAAAGAAACUGCAGGAUGAUGCCAAAAUAGCCCAGGAUGCCUUUGAUGAUGCUGUGAAGUACUUUGGGGAGAACCCCAAGACAACACCCCCCUCAGUCUUCUUCCCAGUGUUUGUCCGCUUUGUGAAGGCCUACAAGCAAGCAGAAGAAGAGAACGAGCUGAGAAAAAAGCAGGAACAGGCCUUAAUGGAAAAACUUAUGGAGCAAGAGGCACUGAUGGAGCAACAGGACCAAAAGUCCCCUUCACAUAAAACCAAGAGGCAGCAGCAGGAGCUGAUUGCAGAGCUGAGGCGGCGGCAGGUGAAGGAUAACAGACACGUGUAUGAGGGGAAGGAUGGGGCCAUUGAGGACAUCAUCACAGCCCUAAAGAAGAAUAAUAUCACUAAAUUUCCAAAUGUUCACUCGAGGAUCUUCGGAACCAGCCGUACCGCCGGGCCGACGCGCUGAGGAGGAGCGUCCGGCGCCGCUUCGACGAUCAGAACCUGCGCUCUGCAAACGGUGCUGAGAUCCCCAUGUGAGCUGGGGGCACACGGGUGCCGAGGAACCAGGGGGUGCUGGAGUCAGACCUUGUCACCUCUGCCUCAGCUCCGGGCCCUGCCGCUCCCCGGCGGCCUUGGGGAAGAGGGACAUUGGACUUGGGAAGGGCUGGGGGGACCCGGGAGUCACCAGAACCCACCCAGACCCAUCGGAACCUCAGCCAUGGGCUCUGCACCCAGCCAACAAGUGCCUAAAUCUGAAGUACCUGCUCAAAUUAACCCAAGUGAGAGGCUUGAGUUGAUUGGGUGUCUCUUCACACCAAUACCUUGCUCGGUGUUUGUUGUUUUUAACCAAAAUGUAAAAAAAAACCCAACCCAACAACAACAAAACAACCAGCAAACCAGGCGUUGUUUUCGGGGGUUUGGUUUGGUUCUGGACAAGUGUAGUGACUGCUCCCCUGUGGCCCUGCAGCCCGGGCUGGGUGGGAGCAGGUGACAACACUUGGACAUCUUGUCCACCCCCGGGGAGCCUUGGCUUUGGCCACACUCACUGCCUUUGGUUUGCCUUGGUUUGUUGGUUGUUGGUUUGGGUUUGGGUUUUUUUUUUUUUUUCCCCUAAAAAGGAGACAUUUAGGGGCUUCCUCUGUGUCACAUGGAGACCAUUCCAGGCAGAGCCCCAUUCCCUUUUCCCACCAGGCAGCCUCGGUGGGUGGGGGGUGGCACAGGGAGGUGGCCACAGGGUGUGCAGAGCACCCAUGGUCACCCCUGGUGCUGCAGCAGGGAGGGGAGGAACAGAGACCCAGGGGGUGGCUGAGGUGUGGGCUGUCUUCUUCAGCUAGAGGCAGCUUUUGGCUAACAGCAUAUUUAUUAAUUAGCACUAAGGGAUUAACAUCUCCAUCACCAGUAUUAGGGCUCUGAGGACCCUUUGCAGUUCCUGCUCCGUGCCCUUCCUACCCCACUCCAGCUCCACCUUCCUUGGACAAUCCAAGUUCCCUGCUAAGGGUCAUUUGGCCAGGGAAGCCCAAGCUUAAAUAACAGAAAUGAAAACCCCCGAGAGGUUCUCCACUUGAACAGCUUAAAGAAAACAAGGGGAGAGGAGACCUGAGCAGCACGAGUUUGCAGCAGUUCCCCAGCAGCAAAGGCUCAGUGCCGGGGCUCGCCAGCAGCUUCCCAGCCCUGAAGAGCUGGACUGAAGAGAAGUUUGUAUUUUCCCCCCCCAAGAUACAUCUUUUGCUUACAGCUUAACCUUUCCUGGUCUCAUGGCAUCAAUAUCUUACUUGUAAAAAUUUACUGUAUAGUAUUUAACCACUGAAUUUCUUUUUUUUUUUUUUCUUUUACGUUGUGCUUAUGUGAACCACUGGUGAAAGGUCCUUUUUUUUUGUUUUUAUUUUUUUUUUCCCCUUGGAUAAUGUGUAGUUAUAUGAUAAUCUGUUUUUAAAUGUACAGAUAUUUUGCUACAAAAUUGGUGCAGUUUUUUAUGGUUUUUACACUUCUCUUUUAUUCCCACUUUAGCCUCCGGGUAAUAUUGUAAAUAUUGUUUAAAAAAAAAAAAAUUAAUGCAUCGGCCUGUGCUAUACAAUCUGAAUGUUAUUUUAACUUAUAGUUUUUGUUUUUAUAUUUAACUAAAUGGACAGUUUGGGGCUCAAAGUUACCACAUUGACCUCUGCUUACCUAUUUACAGGAAGUUUACUUUAAAACUGCCACCUCCUUGCAUUUACAGCACCGUGUACUUGAGAUGCUAAAGAGAACUUGCCAGCCCAGCUGCUUCUUCACUGGCAGUGACAAGAAGAGGCUUCUAAUCUCUGCAAGGAAAUUGGACAAUUAAUUUAAGGGUUUAUUAGGCAAAGGGUUAAAAGCACCAGCUCUCACAUUCCUAAGCUCAAAGGUAUUUCUUUUUUUUUUUUUUUUUUUUCCCAAUUGAAGACAAAAAGUGUCAUAAACUGGACCAGAAAGCUGGCGCGUUCUCUUGAGUAUUUCCCUAGUAAUAGACCUGCUUCUUAGCAAUAUUAGAAGUGUUUUAUAAAAGCAGUUCAUGUUACUUUCCUGGUCUGUUCCUGGCAUAAGAUCAAAUAAACUAUUUACACUACUA